GCCAGAAGUUGUGUGACCACGUAACACACGCGCGCAGCAGCAGCUGUGACUCUUCCUCCAGCGUCUAUCAGCGCUUGACAGCAUUUGCUGCUGGGGUUGUCACCUGGAUGAGCACAGCAUGGCUGUGUUUGAGAACUGCUCUGUGCUUCUGGACCUGAAAACUUUGUCUUUCAAGGAGAAGAAGAAGCUGAAGUCAGCAAUAACAGAGAAUGGGGGCACCAUUUCCUUUUUGGUCAAUAAACAGUGCUCUCUGAUAGUGACCAAUGAUGUGUCGACCGUGAGCGCCAGCAGACUACGUAACAUCAGAAAGUACCAAACCCCUGUGGUCAGGGUGGAUUAUGUGUACACCUGUGUGGAAAGAGGAGCUCUGCUACCUGUUGAUGAAUACAAAUUGGACAUUUCCUCUACUUCAGCUUCCUCACCUCCUCUUCCUCUCCACUCACCGAAUCCAGUCCCAAUAAAAUGUCAAGAGCCAAUGAGCGCAGUGGAAUUUGAGCAGCCCAAGGUCCAAGCCAAGCCUGUGGACCCUGCCCAUCCCAGUCAGUGGCUUGAGAGUGUGCCGAGCUGUGCGCCCGUCCUGAUAAAGUACAGACUAUACUCUGAAACUGAUCCCGAUCUCCCGUCGUAUCCGGAUCAUUUUCAAGUGGCCAAGUAUUCAAUCUUUAAAAAGAGUAGGAGCAACACUUGGUUUGUUGUAGAGCUGCAGAGCUGCAAAGGAGAGAAAGGACAGCUGUACCGCGUGGUCAGAUACUGGAAGAACGAUGUUAAUACCAAGACUCCAGAGGCAGUGAAGGAGGUGCUUGUGUUUCCGUCCACUGCAAAGGAAGCUUUUGAGGUGUUUGUUGCAGUGAGGGACACCUUGCAGGUCAAUGCUCUGUGUGGGGGGUUCCACAGCGUUCCACAGGCCCCGGGACUCGGUUCAGCACCUCUGCAUCAGCUGCUGCUGGAGGAGAAACUGAGCCACGUAAACUUAUCACAGGAAGUGGCUGUUUUUGUGGAGCUGCUAUGGACUGAGGCCCUGGGUUACCUUGACAACAUCCUCCUGGUUUCAAUCGACAAGCUCAGCCUCAAUGAUGUGAGCAGAGCAGAAGGCUUGUUAGUCCAGAUUCAGAGGAAGCUGAAGGAGGGGGAAAGGACUGGAAAAGAACUGGUAGAUCUCCUCGUCGAGUUUAACGUCUUGCUGCCACACAAGAGGCCCAAUUGUGUUCCUGACCCCAAGGACAUCUCUCAAAAACUGGACCUCUGUCAGUUGAUUAGAGAUGUCCUGAAUGUGACUGAGAUGACUCUGAGAAGCCCAACUCCUUCCUGUGUGGGGAAGUACCGCGCACUCAGGUGCUGCAUUGAGACCGUUCCCCCCAGAUGCUCGGAGUUUCACGCCGUGACCACCCUGCUGCGAGACAGGAAAAUGGUGAUCAAACAGGUUCUGAGAGUCGGCAGAGGGGUGGAGCUUCAGACUUUUAAAAGUGAGAUCGGGAACAUAAAGCCACUUCUUCAUUCUUCCAGCCCCAGCAACUUUGUCGGAAUCCUUUCUCGUGGUCUGCUGUUGCCUCAUGUUGGAGUGGAGCAUCAUGGGAUUGGGAGAACAGAUAUUGGUAAUCUGGGCAGUGGAAUCUACUUCACCAAUGCUAUUAGGAGCUGUUUGAAAUACUCCAAGCCCAGUGUGACUGACGGCUCUCGGCUGCUGUUGGUGUGUGACGUGGCGUUGGGAGAUUGCAAGGACGUCACCGAAAGAGACUUCACGCUGACCGAAGCCCCAGAGGGACACCACAGCGUGCACGGAGUCCGCUGCACCCCAAACUCUCACUCUGAGUUCGAGGAUGAUGAGUACGUGGUGUAUAGUCCCGAUCAAGUGAAACUCAAGUACGUGGUUCAGUUCAGCCUCGAGGGCGACCAACCGAAGGAGUUCUGCCCUGACGUCAACAUCUCCCAUGAAGCUUUCUCUAAUGAAUUGAUCAAUUUGGAGGCUGACGGAAUCGAAAUCAUCAAAAACCCAAUGGAGGACGUGACGCCUGGACUGUUAGACAGCUCUGGUCAGCAGCUCCCUCUGCAGGCUGUUCAUGUGAAGUGCAAACUGAUGGAUAUGGUCUCACAGGUCAUCAUUUUCCAGAAAUACACCAACAUGAGCACUGUGCCCAUUGAGGCGAAGUAUGUCUUCCCGCUGGACGAUUUAGCAGCAGUGUGUGGAUUUGAGGCGUUCAUUAAUGGGAAACAUGUGGUGGGAAAGGUGAAGGAGAAAUUGGAGGCUCGGAGAGAAUACAAACAGGCUAUUGAGAAAGGUCACGGAGCAUAUCUCAUGGACCAGGAUGCCCCUGACGUGUUCACCAUCAGUGUGGGCAAUCUGCCGCCCGGUGCAACCGUCCUCAUCAAAGUUACCUUUGUGUCCGAGCUGAUCGUCAGGGAUGGGAGUGUUCUCUUCUCCCUGCCCGGGACCGUGGCUCCGUGGCAGGAGCGGUCAGCACUCAACCAGACCACACAAGUCAGUGUGAUUAAGGUGUGUGUAGACGGAGAGGCUGCGAGUUCAAGAGAUUUCACUCUGGACAUGUCCAUUGAGAUGCCCUUUGUAAUGAGCAGCCUGCAGUGCAUAACUCAUCAAGUCAAGAUGAAGAGAACAGACUGUAAGGCGGUAGUGAGCGUGCUACCAGGACAAGCCAUGGGUGUGGAGGGUUUCCAGCUGUCAGUCGGUCUGUCUGUGGUCCACCUGCCCAGGAUGUGGGUGGAGAAACACCCUGACAAAGACAGCCAGGCCUGCAUGUUGGUUUUCUAUCCAGACUUUGACAAUGGUUCCAGCUCGGAAGCCAAUGAAGUCAUCCUGUUACUGGACACGUCCGAGUCCAUGAAGGGAGAGCCUCUCCAAAUGGCCCAGAGAAUCGCCCUUCAGGUCCUCAAAGCCCUAAGCAACGACCUCAGAGUCAAUGCCAUGAUAUUUGGCACUGAUUAUUGGGGAGCGUUCCAGAUACCAUGCCCUCUUGCUGACAGUCGUAGGGUCAUGGGGAACUUCAUCAAGAAAUUCCAUCCAAGAGGUGGCAGCACUGAGCUUUGGCAGCCCCUGCGCACUCUCAGCCUGCUGCCUCCAUCCCGGGGCGUCAGAAACCUGCUGCUGCUGUCGGACGGCCACAUUCACAACGCAGAGCUCACCUUGAAGCUGGUCAGAGACAACGUUCAGCACAGUCGCCUCUUCACCUGUGGCAUCAGCCCAACAGCCAACCGACACAUGCUGAGAACUCUGGCCCAGGCAGGGGGUGGAGCCUACGAAUUCUUUGACACAAAAAUGAAGCACAACUGGGCAGAAAAGGUGGAGCGUCAGGUGAAGCGCAUGGCAGCACCGGGCUGCAGCUCGGUGUCAGUGAAGUGGCAGCAGUUCAGCCCAACUGCGCCCUCUCCUGUGCAAGCCCCGAAACAGCUCCACGCUCUCUUCAAUAACUGUCACACGCUGGUUUACGGCUUUGUACCGCACUGCACCCAGGCCACCCUCCUUGGCAACCUGAGUGGUCAGGAGCUCAAAACCAUGGUGUCCACCAGUGAGCUGCAGAAAACUAGAGGCACAUUUCUUCACAAGCUCACAGCAAGAGCCCUCAUCAGGGAUUAUGAAGACGGAAGCCUGGACAUCAGUGAAGCUGAACAUGAGGGAAAGAAAGCAGAGUUGAAGUCCUUCAUCAUCGAGUUAAGCAAGGAGUUCUCCAUUCUCUCUCAGUUCACCAGCUUUGUGGCCGUUGAGGAAAGGGACACGGAACAGCCUGAGGAGGGUUUCACAGACAUCCCCAAGUUGAUUGCAGAAGAAGAUGUGGACGUCCUUCCUUACAUGGGCUGGAAAUCUCCUCAGGACAGCGGAGAAGAGAUAGAGGAAGUGGAAAAAAUGGCGUUUUCGUUUUCAUCUGAGGACACGAGUGAUUCCAUGCAGGAUGAGGAAGAGGAAACCAUGGACGUGUGCGCUGAGUUAGAAAGCUAUCGAGUAGCAGGAGGAUCUGCGUUAGAUCUCAAGAACAUUGUCAUGGAAGAGCAAGACAUGGACAUUUCAUUUGAGGAAGACCAUUACCAUGGUGCUACGAUUCCUGAAAAUAUAUUUGAGAAGCAGUGCCCUGCUACAUUGUACAGGAAAUGUUCAAGAUAUAGGAUGUCCACAAAAGGGGUGCAUGAAGAGAUUGAUCCUCAUUCUGAAAGAGAAAGAACUGUCUUCAAAGCCCAAGGAAGGGAAAUUCCACAUAUGCCUGCUCCUACUCCUCCUCCUCCUGCUCCUCUUGCCUCUGUUUCCGGUUCUUCAAUCGUUCCCCAGCAUCUUUCACCCUAUCUUGCAUCUCAAAUAAGUCUUGGUGUGGACCGGGACCUACAGAGUGUGGACCUGGAGACCCUGAAUCUCAAUAUGGAACCAGAUGAAGGUGCAAGAAGACCCACCGGAAGACUCCCAAGAACAGCAAGCAAACAACUGAGCUCUGAGGACAUUGUCGUGGAAGAGCAAGACAUGUUAGUUUCAAGAAGGAAGAAGAGAUCGUCCUGGAUGCCCAUGAAACCUCUAUUAAGUCCGGUGAAACAAAGUGCUACAAUACCUAGGAGGUCCGCACAAGCGAUGCAUGUAGAUCUUCAUUCUUAUUCUGAAAGACAGAGAUCUGGCUUGUAUGUCAAAGCCCAAGGAAAGGGAAUUCCACACAAGCCUGCUCCUGCUCCUGCUCCUCCUCCUCCUCCUCCUCCUCCUCCUCCUCCUCCUCCUUCAGUCCCUGCCCCCCCACCUCCCAUCCCAUGUCAUCCUGGAAGCCAUGCACCUCCACCUCCACCUCCUCCCCCUUGUCCUAUUCCUAUCCAACCCAAGGCUCCAAUGCAUCAGCCACCUCCUCCGCUUCGUAUUUUCUCUCCGAACAUGGUGAGGUAUGAUGGCACUCCACCACCACCUCCUCCUCCUCCUCCUGUUUCACACUAUCCUUCACUCACCCAUGCUCCAGAAAGCGUUGGAGGCAUUAUGACCCUUUUAAUGUCUCCGACAUUUGUCCCAGUGUCUUCUUCCGCAGUAAUAUAUAAAGAAAAGUAUGAAGAAAAACACACUCCAUCAGUAAGCGCUGGUUUUGGUGCGUCUCUGGACCUAGAGAGGGGGGUCCUGGACAGCCUGGAUCUUGAUAUGGGCCCAGUUCAUGUCCCAAGAAGUGCUGAAAAAGAAAGCUCUGUUUUGUAUGGGACAUCAUACAGCACUCAUUCUCUGUCUCAGGAUCGACCCUUGAGAACACAAUCAUUACAUGGAGCACCUAUUCCACCAACAGGUGUUUCUUUUAAGGCAGCAAUGUUCCAGGUGUGUAGUCCAUCCUCUUUGCUUGCACCAAAGAAGAGAGUGAAAACGCGAAGGUAUCUCGCCAGACGUGUGUUGCCAGACCCUGGACUGCCGAAUCUCAAAUGGUCACAGAUCUUCCAGAUGCAGCACUCUGAGGGCUACUGGGAAUUGACUCCAGAACUGGGAGAGAUCAUCAGUGUUAACCUGGAUUUCUUUGCCAAUGUGUUCCUGAAGAACAAAGGCAUCGUUUCUUUAGGUGUGAGAGCCCAUGCGGACAUCCUGAGGCUGGUGGCAACUCUUCUGAUUCUGCAGCUGAUGAGGGUGGAGAAGCUGGAGGAAGGCAAACUGCUCCGCAGCCUCUUCUGUCUGGACAACUCCUCUCAGCCCAGGCCAGAGCGCUGGGAGGAGGUAAAGAGGGCGGUGGAGUGGGUUCGUUGGGCUGACAGACAGUACCCGAGUAUCUACAGCCGUCUGGAGUUCGGUUUGAGCUGGGAGUCGUCAACCCGUCAGCUGUUGGGCUACGAAAACCCGCCUCCCUUCUCACCUCUCAGUGGUUUGAACCUGCAGAGGACUGAAGCCCCUCUGCUGGUGCACUGAAGUGGCCAGUAAGGUUAAUGAAGAAAAAAUAGUGGGGAGAGAAAAUCAAAAGUGUUUGCCUUUUUAAUGAGAACUUUUAAUGUCCCUAGAAACCCGCAACCUCUGUUGUUCACUCAUAUGUGCUGUGCUUUGACGUCUAAUCUCUUUUAUGUAAUUGGGAAUAUACAGUAAUUUGCAAAAAAAAUUACAUAAUUUUCUUUUAAAACUAGUGAAUAAGACCAUUAAGUGCUCGUGAAAAUGUUUACAUUUGUUAUGAAUCAAGUAGAAGCUUAUUAUCCCAUAGACUUCCAUUCAAAUCAGCAGAGUCGCCCCCCUUGUGGCUAACUGCUACAUCCAGGCAGUCAUCUUCCAUUUUUAGGUACAGUCUGUGGUUGGACCAUAAAAUCUUGACAACAAAAAGAAAAAACACAGCUCAGAGACAACUUCAGGCUUCAAUAUUUUAAAAAAUGUUUCUUUUCUUUCCUCAAUAUUAACAGUUAAUUCAGUAAAUAAAACAGAAACAGCUGUAUAACUGAACUAUAUAUCAGAUCUGUUGCUGCAGUAUGUACUAAAACGCUAGAUGGUAGUGUUGUCAUAUUUUAUAAUAGCUGCUUUUCUUUCACACCUCCUAUCACCUUGUUUUCCUCCCUUUCUCCCAUUUUUAUUAUCUACAGUAUAUAUAAACAAAAAAAUGCACAAAA